AUGUCUCCCGAUUCUUCAUCACCGUUGUUCCCUGACCGUCCCAUUCGACCCCUCCCGAAACGCCGACUACGCGAACGAUUAUCUCCAGAUGUUGCCGACAGCAUACAAUACCCGCCCGCACCUCAAACGACUGCCCCUCUGUUCGUUUACCCGUAUAAUUCAAAAGAGGAAUUAGCGUCAUUGGGAGUGGAUCCGCCAAACGUAGCGCACCGCGAGAACGCAGCUGAACUAGGUCAAGAAGCAAGUCAACGCAGGAAUGGCUUGGGUGUAGAGCACGAUGGACAACCGUCUAUUGGACAAACUCGCAGAGCGUUUCUCUCGCGACCUCUACAUGAUUCAUCAGCAACCGCAACCCGGCCUCCUCAACGACAAAAUCAACCCCGGCAACCAAACCCGCAACCACCCCCGUCAACUGCUUCCUCCGCGGACGGAUAUGAUUCCUUUGAAAAUAGCAACAAUAAGAAGAAAAGGAAAAUUCCGACUGCUGGAGAAACGAUAUUGAACGGGACGCACGUGCUGAAUGAUCUCGGAGCGCUAGGAGUAUCAUCACCGACAGCGGCAGGUGAGGAGGGGUCAUUAGAUUCGUCAGGGGUAACAUCUACUCCGUAUUAUCAAGCUGGUGGUGCCGCGGCAGGUGGACAGGGUAUAUCCGGUCCGGGUAGAGGCAGGUACGGCCGAGUGCGCAACGGCAGGAGCCCAUUAAGAGCACUUUCUGAUCCAAAUAGCAACUGGGGAAGUCGGACCUCUAAUAACAAACUUAGGCCAGGUGGUGUACCUUAUCCAUCGCCGCCUGCCGGAGAGAAUUCUGGUAUUAUCUCCAGCGCAAUCGCUAGUGCCGAGAAGCUCCAGGUGCCAGCAGGCCAAGAAAAUAUUAGUCUCCUGCAUCAAGAAACCUCAACAAAAUCUAGUCCAACGUCAGCACAGUUUACCUUCACAUUCGAUUCACAGAAUCCCGUCUCUUGGCCUGGCUCCGAUCCAGCGCCCUCUAGCAUGGGGCCCUCGAAUCAUAUGAGCCGAUCUCCCCUUUCUGCGGACUACAGAACCCAGUAUAACAGUGUUGGUGCUAGAGGUCCUUUAACUCAAAACGGUACGGCGCCAACCGCAGUUGUGUCUGGAAGUAUGCAACAAGGAACUAAUACGACGGACAACGAAGUGGGAAGGAGCACAGCCCAACCGAACGCGCCGCCGAAGAAAUCGAAACGUCGGGGCAACUCGCUCAUACAAGCAGCCAAGCAGCGUCGCCGAGAAACCGAAUAUCAGAAUUUCCACCAUCCGCCAGCACCGGAUGAUAUUUGGAUUUGCGAGUUCUGUGAGUAUGAGCGAAUCUUCGGGCGUGCUCCCGAAGCAUUGAUCCGACAAUACGAGAUCAAGGACCGUCGCCGACGUCGAGAAGAAGCUGAGCGACGCAGAUUACUAGAGAAGGCAAAGAUGAAGUCGCGCAAGGGUAAGAAGGCUGGCAAGACGUCAGCAAAGAAUAAUUCUAAUAAUGAUCGUCACGGCGCAUCCUCAGCUGGACAACAAGCUCCCGCGCCCCCGCCUCACUCGCAUGAUCAUGAUGAGGACCAGGCGCUACACCAACGCCAAGUUCAUGAGGAAGAUGAAGAGAACGGAUACGAGUCUGAAGAUCACUAUCAAGAUCAUGGUCCAGAGGUCGAGCUACCCAGUGUAGGGCCUGCACCCGCACGUGCACGCAGAGGUACAACAGGCGCCGGAGGGGAUACCACUCGUAUCAAAGAAAAUUUUGUCGGUAAUUGA